AUGUCGGGGCCUCAACCGCAACAGCAGCAGAUGGUCAACGUCGCCGACCUCGACGUCUCACAGCUGCGCGAUGUCAGAAGACAACUCGAAGAGGAGUUAACACACUUGACUGCAUCCUUCCAACAACUCAAACUCGCACAGGCAAAGUUUCGCACAUGUCUAUCCAAUGUCACUGAAGUGAAUUCUGCCAAUGCUGAACGAAAAAUUCUGGUCCCACUAACGAACUCGCUCUACGUCCCGGGUAAAUUAUCUGAUCUUGAACAUGUCAUCGUCGAUGUUGGGACAGGCUACUAUGUCAAAAAGUCCCGAGCAGACGCAGCAAAGCAUUAUACCGUAAAGAUCGACUUUGUCAAGGGAAACAUCGAAACGCUGCAAGAAGCACUUACGAAGAAGCAGGACAACUUUCAAUAUGUUAUGAAUUUAAUAGCGGUGAAGGAGCAGACUCAGCAGGGUGCGGUAUCUGGAGCGAGUUGA